AUGGAGACAGAGCAAGAAGCUGGAGUUGGAACAGAGACUUCUUCCGUUUCCGGAAGAUUUAUGAGAAACAGAGAUUUAUACUUGUUCUUGCCUUUCCUCUUAGGCUUCUCCGAUCAAGAAUCAUCAUCAGACGGAGACGACGAGGUUGCUUCGUCGCGUGAGAGGAUCAUUCUCGUCAACCCUUUUACACAGGGCAUGAUCGUGCUUCAUGAGUCAUCGGGAUUGAAUCCUCUGCUUCGUGACUUGCUUGAAUCUCGUGAGGAAGGUCAUCCUCCGGCGUCAAAGGCUUCCAUCGAUGCGAUGCCGACCGUUGAGAUGGACGGAUGUAAAGGAGAGUGUGUGAUCUGUUUAGAGGAAUGGGAGGCGAGAGAAACGGUGAAGGAGAUGCCGUGCAAGCAUAGGUUUCAUGGAGGGUGUAUAGAGAAAUGGUUGGAGCUUCACGGGUCGUGUCCUGUUUGUAGGUACGAGAUGCCUGUUGAUGGAGAUGAGGUUGAGAAGAAAAGAAACGAUGGGAGAGAGAUUUGGGUUAGGUUUGGUUUCGACGGUGGUCGGAGAUUUAGAGAUUCUUCUGGUCAAGACGGUGGAAACAGUGAUGGUGAUGGAAGUAACACUGUUGGAUCUGGUGGCACAAGAUCUGUGUUUUAG